UUUCGUCGUUUCUUUCAUCCUCAUGUCAAUUUCUUCAACUUCCACGAGUUCUACUGCUGCGAAUGCUGAACAAAACCUUCCAAAAAUUCAACCAGGCCAUAAUGUGCUGGUAAGACAACCCAACGGAGAUGUUCGAAGCAUAAAAGUUGACCGGGACUCGAUAGUAACUGUUGGGCGACUUGGAUCCUUCUAUGCGAAUGAACUUAUAGGGCAGCCCUAUGGCUUCUCCUAUGAGAUGGUCAACAAACAGCUCAAGAUUCUUCCGGUCAGGACGUUGGAAGAAGUUGAGGACACGGAUGCAACAAAUGAACUUAUCAACGAUGGAGAAUUUGUGCAACCUUUGACUUUAGAUGAGAUCCAGACUCUCAAACAGUCUGGUGUCCAUGCGUCGGAAAUCAUCAAGAGGCAAAUAGAGCAACACGCCAACUAUUCUCUAAAAACAGAGUAUAGUAAAGACAAGUACAAGAAGCGCAAGGAAGCGAAGUAUUCAAAGUCAUUCAUCACAAUCGAGCCUACCAUGCACAACGUCUGCGACUAUUGGUUCAAUAAAGAUCAGAAUCGAAUACGAGAUAUACGGCCAGAUACGCUCUCUCAGAUGUUAGCUAUGGCAAAUAUACAACCGGGGGGAAGGUACCUUGCCGUAGACGAUGCGUCCGGGCUGGUCGCCGCUGCUAUUUUGGAGAGAAUGGGAGGUUCCGGGACUCUGCUUACUGUCUGUGACACAGAUUCACCCCCAGCAUAUCCGGUAGUAGCCAAUAUGAACCUUCCUACAGAGAUGGUGCAAUCUGUCUUGAAGUCUUUGAAUUGGGCAACCUCAGAGCAAGAUUACGUUUCCGUUCAUGCACCUGUUGAAGUCCCUGUCGAUGAAAUUAGAUCAGACAGACAGAAGACUAGGUUACGAAAGCGUAAGGUUGCCCACGAACUUUUGGAAAACACAAGAGAAGAACUUUUUGGCGGAGAGUUCGAAGCACUCAUGGUGGCGAGUCAAUAUGAACCGUCAGGCAUUAUUGAUAGACUAGUGCCAUACCUUGCGGGCUCCGCUUCCAUCGUAGUGCACAGUCCUCAUUCCCAAGUAAGCUCAACUUAGUCCUCCGGGUGACAAUUGCUCAUAACAGGUUGAAGCCUUUGGUCGACCUUCAAAAUAAACUGAGAAAUGCGCCAGGGUUUUUAGGACCUAGUUUAACGGAAG